UCGAGAAUGUGCUUAAUUACCAGAACUGGUGGUAUUCUUUAACUAGGUAGUAAAUAACUAUGGUUUCUAACGAACAAAAUAAAGAUAUUGAUGUCAGUGUUUUUUUUUUUUAAAUCAGCAACAUCACCACAGCAGAGCUUCGCUCUCUUAAGGAGUUCAAAGCGGGGUGGAGAAGAAGAAUCCAUUGCGAACCGCGAUGACAUCCCUGAUGUCCACGUUCAAGCUAUGAGAAGGGAUCACCAAGAGAUGCUGAAGGUUUACCGACUUGACGUUGUUACACACGUGCAAAACCCCGACAAGAUUACCGCGUUCCUGGCCUCCAGGAAGGUGCGGUUCCCAACUGGCAUGAGCCCCAUCAAAGAGCCACGUACUCGAGAAGACCGUAACAUGGUGCUCCUGGAUAACCUGACGUUUGGAGAGGAUGAUGCCUUUGAAGGAUACUGCACUGCACUUCGGGAGGUGGAGAUGCUGUACUGGCUGGCAGACACCUUGGAAGGACCUGGACUGUCUGUUGACCUUCGCGAGCAGCUAAUGCCACAUCAAACUGUCCUGGUUGAAAAGAUGGACCCUGAUAUAACACUGGCCCAUCUCUCCAAGCAAAAGGUCUUCACCGACGCCAUGAGUGAAUAUGUGUCAAGUGCAGACUCACGUGAGGAGAAGAACAGGCGCAUUGUCCACCUCCUACAGUCACGUGAUGACCCUGACUUCUUCACGUUCUGCGGAGCCCUGCGGGAGAAUCAGAGCCAGGCUCACCUGGUGGAACUUCUGCAGGGCAAGACACGUAGCGAGGCUACAGGACAACAGGUGGACACUACGGGUCACGGAGAGGACUCCGAGAGAAUGGAGGAGACGCAGAGGGAGGACAGCCACCAGGUGGAGAGACAACCUGCAGAAACACCUAGGCUCCACCUGGCCACAGAGUGCAAGAUGCAGAAGAGCCUGGAACUGUACAAGGGAGGGGUUUCUCAGGAUGAGCGAGAAUACCAUGCCAUGAAAGAAGGACUGGACCUAAGCAAAAGCGUACUGCUGGAAGAGACAAGCGUUGACAACGCAACGAAGGCGUACAGUGAAUUUGACAGCAAAAGUUACCGUCAGGAAAUUCACAGGGAAACACGCCUCUUCACCCACACAUCUGUAACAAAGACCCAUCACACCAGCGAGAUGAAGCAAGGGCAUGGCGUUGUCCAAUGGCAAGCAGCUGAUGGUGGUGCCAUUGGCGAGGAGCGGCGGGAGGGAGAGCCUAUACCAAUGCAGUUGUCUCUCGCUGAUCCAAGCAUCCGGUCAGGCACUUCUGCGGUGGUCCGAGAAGGACUACCGGUCGUUUUGACGGUCAACGGAGAAGUGGACGAUGCCCAUUGGUUGCUGAACAACGAGUCCCUGCCGCUGAACAAAGGAAUCCACACCCGUACGUCCGGUCUGACCCACGAGCUGGAGAUAGACAAUAUGACCUCUGACCUUGCAGGCACCUACACCUGCCAAGGUACCACACCAAAAGGCGCCAUGUUGUCAUGUGAUAUCAAGCUCACAUUGCUGGACCCUUCCCCAUCUCCGUAAGCAAACAGAACA